AUGAGUUGUCAUUAUCGUGAGAAAGGAAAAAGGACAAAGUUAACCACCACCAAGUAUCCCUCAUCUAUAUGGAAAAUUUUUAUUUUUGUAUCAGAAAUUGCUAUGUCAGAUUUAAUAGGAGAAGUAAAAGAACUUCGUGAUGGAAAAGAGGCUCUUCAUUGA